AUGGUUGAUUACACAUCUCUAACAGUGGCCCAGCUCAAGAAAGAGCUAAAAUAUCGCGGAAUUGUUCAGGCUGGUCUGCGGUUGAAGGUCCAGUUUGUUGUAAAGCUAGUUGAAGAUGACCUGAUGCGUCUACCCGACCAAAAUCAUCGCUGGAAACUUUUAUCGACUCCACUUGACCGCCUAGUCAGUCUUAGAAUUGGCGGUUGGACGCCGUGUUAG